AUGGAAUUAGGCCACCUCUUCACAGGACAUGCCAUUCUUGUCUCAAGCCUCAUUGCAACAAUUACAAUCACUGAAAGCACGAGAUAUGCUUCUUCUCUCAGAUACAUCACCGAAUUGCCUUUUAUUAAGGUCGCUGGCGAAAGGGGAGCUGUUCUCCUUCUCUUUGCUAUUUCCAUUAUUGUUCUCAUUGCCAUGGACUUUCUUGCAUCACAGGCAAAAGUCAGUGGACUGAAAAAAUUCUAUAGAAGAGCUAAGAAAGCCAAGACUGCUCAUGUUGAGCGCACCUUAAUAACUUUUAUUACAUUUAUCUGUGCUUAUAUCUUUCAGAGUCUAAACUUCAGAACAUACAAUUUGCUUGGUAUUGCACUUCUAAUGAUGAAUCUAAACACACUUCUCUAUCUGUUUGAAAUUGAGUUUGUAAAGGCCUGGCUGUAUCUCUCCUUCUUAUUUUGCAAUACACUGGUAUUAUGCUUUACGUUUAUUUACAAUGCAGAAAAGUACUAUUCGAUAGUCGUGAGUCUUAUAAGUAUUAGGUUUUAG